AUGGAAUGCAGUAGUAAUAAUUAAAUGUUUGUUUAUUUUUAAUAUAUAAAUUCAUCAAUAAAAUAAUUGAGAUAUUUAAUAUUUAAAUUAUUAAACUAACUCCGAAUAGCAUAGAAAAAGUAAUAUCUCCUCCUUCUUCUCUCACAUUCCUCUCAUAUAUUACAAAUGAAUACGUCGAAUGAUGAAUAUCCUUGGAAUUAACAUUAAUAGGAUGAACUUCCUCGAAACCAAUUCUUCACGCCAUCUAUACCACCCGAGAAGGACAUUAGGAAUAAAAAUUGUAAAUUGCACAUUGGAAACCUUCCUUUGUAGAUUACAGAAGAGACAUUGCAUCGUGUGUUCUCCAAAUAUGGUUAAAUUAAAGAAGUUAAGAUCAUUCGCAAAAAUAGUUAAGGGUAACCACUAAAAGAUUACUGCUAUGGGUUUGUUCUUAUGUGCGAUGGUGAUGGAGCUUAAAAUGCUGUCACAGAAUUGAAAUAAAACAGUCCCUUGGGAACCACGUGGACAGUUGCUUUUAGUAAAGAUAAAAAUGAUGAUUCUGCUGGUGCCGGUCAUUAGAAAUCUGAUAAGAAGAAGGAUGAUAAGGUUAAAAAGAAGGAGAAAUCAAAGGAGAGAUUAAAGAAGGAUAAAUCCAAACCAAAAAAGAAAGUUGUAUUUUUUAAUUAAUAAAAGAAGAAGAAAUCAGAAUCAUCGUCCUCCUCUGAUUCUUCAAGAGCAAGAUCUGCUAAAAAAUAAAAAAAAUAAAAAAAGCGUAAACAUUCUAGUUCAUCUGAAUCAUCUUCUUCUAAAUUGCCACCUAGAAGUGCUCUUGUUAAAGUUGAGAAUAAGGACAUUGCAGAGAUAGUAUUUUCAGGUGGCGAUUUGUAGUCUCAUCUAAUGUAUUAAUAAUAGCCAUAGUAGCAAUAUCAAAUAACUCAUCAUGUCUAUGUAAGAGAGUUAUUUAUAUCUGGGAUACCUCAAUCGAAGAUUUCUGCAGACAUACAAAGGAUCUUUUCUGCUUAUGGCAUUGUAGAGAGAAUUGACAUUGUUCCUAAGUAAUUGGUCAAUUACGCAUAUGUGAAAUUCAAGAGACUAGAAUCAGUCCUCUAAGCUAUGCAAAACUCAUCCUUGAUUGCAGAACUAUUGGAGAGUGCAGGACAAGUCAAAAUAUAUUAAUCUGAUCCAUUUCGAAGAGUGCAAAUUGUUGGCAAUGCUGAAGAUAGUGAACGAGAAGAAGAAAUGUGGCCAGUUAUGUUCAUUGGAUUUCCUCCAAAUUAGAAUUAUGUUUUGGAUGAAAAAUUCUUGAAAAAAAUGGCUGAGAAAUUCGGAGGUGAAGUCAAAGGAAUUCAACAUUUCUAACCAGAUUCUCCUUAAUUGAGAUCCUAUGUCUUAAUAGAGUUCUCCUUUUUAAAGGAUUGCAAAAAAGCCAGAAGGAAAUUCUGUAGAUACAAAAUACAAAUAUUGGGUGACAAAAAGUGUGAUGUGGCUAUCUUAUCUAAUUAUCCUACUAAUGUAUAAAACAAAAGAUAAAAUAAUAUGUUUAUGCAAUAACCAUAUGCAAUGGAUUAUAUGCAAGUUAAUUAAUAAAUACCUAUGCACCAAUAGAUGGUAUCUAGAUAAAUCCCAUAAUAAGUUCAGAUGUUGGCUCCCUUUCAAAAUUAGCCUAUACCCUAAUAACAUAUAGCUCCUCCUAAUUUAUAAAAUAUAUAUGACUACAACUAAAUGCCUAUUUUAUAUCCUCAAUAACAAUCAAACUAAUAACAAAUGAUGUUCAUGAAAAACCAAUAAUAACAACUUUAAAUUCCUGCUUAAACUCCUGUUUAACCUCAAUUUAGACCACAACCCCAACCAGUUCCUUAAACUUAAUAGCCCCCUCCACAAUUACAAUAUUACUAAUAGCUAAAUCCUUAGGCUUAAGCUUAGAGUUAUUUACCAUAAUAAUAUUCAAUGGAUAUGAUCAUCCCUCCUCCAACCAUGAAGUAAGAAGAAAUCAACUCGCCUUUUUGGUGUGGUUAUAUGAAUAGAGGAAAACAACACAGAGUUGGUAUAGAUGCAAGAAUGCACAAAACUAACAUGGAUACCAAGAAGAUCAACUUACCUUCUAAUCUAGAAAUGAGUUAUAAAUGCACAUAUUAAGAUGCCUAUUAGAGAGCAGGAUAAGACCAAUCAGCCAUUUUAAUAUUUAGUCCUGCUUAAGAUACAGACUUUCCUAAAUUCGCUGAAUAUGUUCAAUACUUAAGAAAUAAGUAACGAGCUGGAGUCAUCUAAAGCGAGGCAUUCACAAUUUACGUUAUUCCUCCAGGAGUAUCAGAGGCAUAACUAAUUUGCAAUAUCAAUUAAUAAGAAAUGAUAGCUAUUUAUUGUCAAAAGGAAUUAAAAUGAUGAAUUUAUAGAUAAAAAAUAUAUAUUCAAAUAGAAUCAAAUAUUUUACAAAUUUAA